AUGGCGGCGCCGGUCCUCCUCCACCACGUAGUGGGGGAUCUGACGCUGGGGAAGCCGGAUCUGGUGGAGUUCUACGACACGGAGACAUUGGAGGCGGCGAUCAAGGCCAUCAGCGAGCAGAACGAAGGGGCCAUCGCCGUCUGGAGGAAUCGCGGGGCGCAGACCCCCUCGAUUCCGGGGGAGGAUCCCAAGGUGACCAGUUUUGUGGGGAUGCUCAACUCGCUGGACGUGGUGGCCUUCAUCGCGCGCGUCGGGAACCACGAGACGGCGCUCCGGUCCCCGGUCUCCGAGGUGGUCACCCCAAAUUCCUCCCUCCUCAAGGAAGUAGAUCCCGGGACCAGGUUUGUUGCCCUCAAUUGGAUGAACAACGCGGCUCGUCAUGUCGAUUUAGUCGAGCUUCGGUGCCUUCUCGAGCAUUAUCAUCUAUUUCUUCAAUAAUCGCAAUAAAAAAAAUAUAUCUGCUGCCAUUACUUUAUGCAUGGAGAGAUCCUCGAACUUUGGUUUCUGAUUCCGAGAUUACGGUUAUGUAAAUUGAUCGGAGCAUUAUCAUCUCAAUUUCUGGAUUUCGUCGCUCGAACCCUAAGCUGCCUCGAUCGAGGUUGACGAUUGGUAUUGAUCGUACUGAUGAGAAUCUCCGCCUGAAACGCUCUUCAUGCGGAUCAACUCUGAUCUAAUGCCAUAAUCCUGGCAUUUAGAUUAAGUAUCCGCUGGUUUUCGUUUAUCAGAUGAUGAAAUUGACAACAGGCUUGAACAACAUACUGGGGAAUGUUCUUCUCUUCAAAUUCUGGGUGAAAACAUUUUCAAUCGGGCUCCGAUUUCUGAACUUUGCUGUCACUGGUUUCGAUUCGAUCUUUGAUCCAAGCUUAAAUCUUCUCUCACCCUUCUUUUCUGUCUAUCGCCUCUUAUUUCUCCCUGUUGAUCUCGAUCUUCUCGAAUAAACUUAUUCAGCCUCGAAAAUCUUCCUGGGAAUGAAUCCAACCUCGUUUUUCUACAAUGUGCAUAUGAGCAGGAUAUUUCCCCGUGUCGAUCUGAUUAUCGAUGGAGAAGAAGAAGAUCUUGUUUCCGCGUUUAUAUCUUCGUAUUAUUUUCUUCAAGGAUAAUUUCUGUUCUCCGUCACCGAUUAUAUUUCCUGCUUCACUCUUGCGUCGAUUAAUCGUAAUCUUAAUCUUAUUCAUCAACCAUUCAUAAUUUCCUCGCUAGAACUUCCUCCGAGUCGUCAGCAUUUAUUUUUCUAGCUCUGAUCCUUUAAAUUUCUUAGAAACUACCCGCGAGAGAACUUAUCACCAUGUUGAUAUCAAUUCACAUAGUUCAAAUCGAAGUAUAUGACUUAUAAGACUUUAUUUUCUUUCCCGAUUAAAGCCCGGAUCAGAUCUCUUUUCCUCAAUCUGGGUUCUUUUUUUUGUUUGGGUUUGACUGAUGAAGGCUGCUCGACGCACUGGAGAUGAUGAAACAAGGAGUCAGGCGUCUCCUCGUCCGCAAGACCGUGGCGUGGAAGGGCAUGAGCAAGCGUUUCUCCGUCGUCUUCAACGGCAGAUGGAUGAAGAGCUACGAGUCAACGGUCGUCGCCCCCGCCGGAACCAGCAGUAGGCCGACGUCGCCAUCAUCCUCCUCGUUCUGCUGUCUUUCCAGGGAGGACGUGGUCCGGUUCCUCAUCAGCUGCCUCGGGGCCCUCGCGCCGCUGCCGUUGACCUCCAUCACAGCCCUCGGCGCCGUCUCCCCCCACUACUGCCACGUGGAGGCCUCUUCGCCGGCGCUGGAGGUCGCCGGAAAGGUCCCCGAGGAUCCCUGCGCCAUCGCCGUGGUGGAGACCGCCGACGACGGCGCGCAGAAGAUUAUCGGGGAGAUCUCCGCCUACAAGCUCUGGAAGUGCGACUACCCGGCCGCCUCGUGGGCCAUGGCGAGCUUCUCGGCGGGCCAGUUCGUCACCGGCUUCGAGGAGGAGGGCGUGGCGACGCCACCGGGGAUGGCCGGCUUCUCGGUCGCCGCGGCGGCGGAGGAGCGGAUCCUGGGGGCCGCCGCCCCCCGGCCGAGGAAGUUCAGCAGCCGCAGCAUCGGCUUCUUCAGCAAUCAGUCGAGCCCGGGGGGGGGGCGAGGCCUGGGAAUGUACAGGGGGAGGAGCAGCCCUCUGAUGUGCCGGAGGACCAGCUCCCUGGCAGCGGUCAUGGCGCAGAUGCUGUCCCACCGCGCCACCCACGUCUGGGUCACUGAGCCCGCCGGUGGUGGAGGUGGGGGCGGAGGCGGGAGCGGCACCGCCGCCGACGACGUCCUCGUCGGCGUCGUCAGCUACACCGACAUACUCCACGCGGUGACUAGGAACACCGCAGGCGGCGCCGCCGCUCCUCCUCUCUGCUUUGGUGUGUAA